AGCGGGCCGUGCGGGCGAGCGCUCCGCCCCGGGUGGGAGCGUGGAGCCGGCGGGGAGCCUAGCGGGGCGGCUGGGAGGGGAGCCGGGAGGCAUGGCGCGGCCAGACGACGACGACGAGGAGGGGCGGGCCGUGGCGCCCGGGCACCCUCUGGGCAAGGGAUACCUUCCGGUGCUGAGAGGCGCCCCGGACGGGGAGGCGCGCGCGGAGCCGCACGGCGGGCCCGAGGCGGAGAACGGAGGCCCGGGGCACGGCCCCUUGGUCGCGGGAGUCCCGGACGGGCCUCAAGCCCUGCUAGCGGCGGAGGAGGAGACCCAGGCCCGGCUGCUGCCGGCAGACGGUGGGGAGGACGAGCCGCUCCCCGCGCGCUCCCCGCGCACGGCGCUGUCGCCGCGGCGCUUCGCGGUGCUGCUCGUCUUCAGCUCGUACUCGCUGGUGAACGCCUUCCACUGGAUCCAGUACAGCAUCAUCAGCAACGUGUUCGAGGGCUUCUACGGCGUGUCGGCGCUGCACAUCAACUGGCUGUCCAUGGUGUACAUGCUGGCCUACGUGCCGCUCAUCUUCCCCGCCACCUGGCUGCUGGACACGCGAGGCCUGCGGCUCACGGCGCUGCUGGGCUCCGGCCUCAACUGCCUGGGCUCCUGGGUCAAGUGCGGCAGCGUGCAGCGGCACCUCUUCUGGGUCACCAUGCUGGGGCAGAGCCUGUGCUCCGUGGCCCAGGUCUUCAUCCUGGGCUUGCCCUCCCGCAUCGCCUCGGUGUGGUUUGGACCCAAGGAGGUGUCGACGGCUUGUGCCACCGCGGUGCUGGGCAAUCAGCUUGGAGCUGCAGUUGGCUUUUUGUUGCCACCUGUUUUAGUGCCCAACACGCAGAAUGACACAGACCUUCUGGCUUAUAACAUCAACACCAUGUUUUACGGGACAGCGUUUAUCUCCACGCUUUUAUUCUUUUUAACAGUAAUUGUGUUCACGGAAAAGCCUCUGUUACCACCAAGUCAGGCUCAGGCAGCUCUUCGAGACAGCCCUCCUGUGGAGUACUCCUACAAGAUUUCCAUAUGGAACCUGUUCAGAAACAUCCCCUUUGUUCUCCUGCUCGUCAGUUAUGGUAUUAUGACUGGAGCAUUUUAUUCAGUUUCAACAUUAUUAAACCAGAUGAUUUUGACAUAUUAUGAGGGAGAAGAGGUUAAUGCUGGAAGGAUUGGACUAACGCUGGUGGUAGCUGGAAUGGUGGGCUCUAUUCUUUGUGGCUUAUGGCUGGAUUACACCAAAACCUACAAGCAGACUACCCUGAUGGUGUACAUUUUGUCUUUCAUUGGAAUGCUUGUAUUUACUUUCACGCUGGACCUUCAGUACAUCAUCGUGGUGUUUGUUACUGGUGGGAUCCUGGGCUUCUUCAUGACUGGUUACCUCCCUCUGGGCUUUGAGUUUGCUGUGGAGAUCACUUACCCUGAGUCUGAGGGCACGUCCUCUGGGCUCCUCAAUGCAGCCGCACAGAUAUUUGGGAUUUUGUUCACAUUGGCUCAAGGGAAGCUCAUGUCAGACUAUGGUCCCAUGGAAGGAAACAUUUUCCUCUGUGCCUGGAUGUUCUUAGGCAUCGUGCUGACAGCGUUGAUCAAGUCUGAUCUGAGAAGACACAACGUAAACAUGGGGCUUACAAAUGGCGAUGUUAAAGCUGUGCCAGUUGACAGUCUGAUAGAUCAGAAACCAAAAGUGGUGAUGUCCAAGCAGUCAGAAUCUUCACUCUGAAGAGAGCAAAGCGCUUGGCCCUCAGCAUGGGGAUGUGGUGUCGUCCUUGGGGAGCUGUGUGAGUGGUGAGGACGCUUACUUGGAAUCUUCACUCUGAAGAGAGCAAAGCGCGUGGCCCUCGGCAUGCGGAUGUGGUGUCGUCCUUGGGAGCUGUGUGAGUGGUGAGGAUGCUUACUUGGAAAUUAUGGCCUGAACUCUGAAUAUUAUCUUGCUUUAUUGUUAAUUUAAGCAGCAUUUUGCUUGCAUCUUGUUAACACUACUGUUCAUCUAAUGCUGUCCGUUUUCAGUUGUGUGUCGUGUCUAUGAAAAUUACAUUCUUGACAUUU